AUGUGGUGCUUUGCUGCGAGGAGAAAAUCGAGCGAGAGGAGGACCUGGAGAGGUGGCGCGAAGAAAAAAAGGAAUGAAGAUAUCAAGAGCGAAGACAGAGUAUAUGUGCUUGAACGGGGUGUCCAGAGGAAGCAUAUGGAUGCAAGACCAACAACUGCCAGAAGUGAAUUCAGGUACCUUGGUAGCACAGUACAAUCGGAUGGUGGAGUAGAAGCAGAGAUCAGCAGAAGGAUCCAAUCAGGAUGGACCAACUGGAAGAAGAUGGCCGGUGUGAUGUGUGACAAGAGGGUCCCAGCCAGAGUUAAGGGAAAGAUCCAUCGGACCUGA